AUCUGACAUCUACUUUUAUUAUUAAAAAAAAACAAUUUACAUAUUAUUAUAUUUCUCAUUAGUUUCAGAAGUAAUAUUGUUUAAAACAAAUAUUGAUUAUCCGAAAUCGAAUUUAAAUAAAUAUAUAUAAACAUUCAGUCUAUUAUAUAUUUUUAUAAAAAAAAUUAAAACAAAUAAUAAAGAUGGAAACUGGAAAUAAAAUUGAUGAUUGUCGAUGCUACGGAAAUCCACCCAAACCGAUUGCUGAACCCUCCAAAGCCACGCGUUCUACACCUUGUUGCCCAUGUCCAUGUCCCGCUGAAAAAUGUAAAGUAACUUUACAAACCGUACAAAAGUUGGUCGAAGCAGAAAACAAAGAUAUUGAGUUGUCUGAACUUUUGGGUGGCAUCACGAUACUUGAUGAACGAAGACCGAAAAAGAAAAUAAUCGACAUGUACGACGCCACAUCCAAAGAAAACCGAGAGGACCCCGAAAACAAUGUUGAUCCGCAAUAUUUAGCGUAUAUAAUGAAAUCAAUUGAGAACGGACUAAGCAUGAAGACGGAUCCAAUCAAAGUAUACGAACACCUUUUUUCUAGAGGUAAUCUCGAGGCUCCUCUCGUUGCACUUGGUCCUACAGCAGCAAUAUCAACCGAAGAAAUGGUCGUACCUUUGUCACCUCCAACCAUCGUCAACGUGAAAGAUCCGGAAAUGGAAACAGGUUCACGCCUGGACAGUAUUAUUCCCAGGCUGAAUGUGGCCGUGGCGGAAGCGACGGCAAUAGAUAAUGUUGACGAUUUGCAGGUAUUGCUUGGUGGUAGUUUUCCAGACAAACAGAUUACCGACGACCAAGAGGCGCCCCGCGACAUGCUGUUGGAAACUCGAGAACCCUAUCAAUCGACAGCUGUACUUAGGGGGUCUACAGCUCCCAAUUGGUUCCCAGGCUACAACGUGGCUCUUCCGAACACUGCGCAUCCAGCUUUGGAAAACGAUCCAGAGGCCGUUUUGGACGAAGCUUGGUUUCACAGUCAACCUUUGUCAUUAAAAUUAGAAGAAAAAGGAGCCAAACUCAUUGGGUCUUAGACAGAAAUAAUUCCUUUACAAUGUUUUUUAAUGAUUAAACAACGGUGUUGUAAAUAAAAUAAGAAAUAUUAACAAAA